AUGCCUACUAAAUCGAACGAAACUUCAGGCGUUGGCCACUUGACGCAAACGGUGGCCGAACUCGAGGUGUUGCCAUGGUGCCGCACUAUCCUCACACAGCCCGGGGUCACAAUCUUCACCCCGCAAUCGCGCGACCCGAAGAACACGAACCCGCACGACAGAUUCUUCGGCGAGACGCUCAACCACGCGGAGGGUAUACCGGCAUGUGUCAGCUUCCAUCCUGAAAGCCCGGGAAAAUCCGUCAUCACUGAGCUAUCAAUACUGUUUGCGCUCUCGCGAGGAGUCGACGGCUACCCUGGCAUUGCCCACGGAGGCAUAGUUGCCACGCUCAUCGACGAGGUACUGGGAGUUCUGAUUCAAAGAAACAUGGAAACGGAAAGAGAUGACCCGAUCUUUAAGAUGAAUACGGUGACCUCGUCGAUGGACAUCAAAUACCUCAAGCCGAUUACAACGCCAGGAGUCGUGCUUGGGGUUGGGCAAAUCAAAGAGAUUCGCGGUAAGAGAAUGCUUCUCAGAGCGACAAUCAAAGAUUCGAAUGGCGUGGAUUUGGUCACUUGCGAUGCUGUUUGGAUUGGGAUCCCGAGGGUGAAGUUGUGA